AUGAAUGAUAUGUUCGAUGUGAAAAAAAGUUCGAGUUCUAAAGCAUUGGAACUUAUUAAUAAAUACAUAGACGUUCCAGAACCGGAAGUGAAAAAUUUAAAUUUUAUUUGUGAUGAAAAAAAAGAAAAUUUAAUCGAAACGGAAAUGAAUGAAUUGAAUAAAGAAUUGGAAGAAUUGAAAAAGGAAGAAGAAAGAUUUAAUAAAACUUAUGUAACAAGAACCACGUCAACUUCCAGCCUGGAAGAUGAAUUUGUUAAAAGAUUACAAGAACGUAACUACAAAAAUGUUUACGACGUCCUCAAUGAUAAUCUUCCGAAAAAUUUAAAAGCUAAAAGACCUGAAUCCUUACCACCGGGAAAUUUAAUGCAUCUUUUACAAAGUGUUAGAUAUUGGGAAGCAGAAGUAGUAGGAAAAAGAGAGAGAGUGAAAGAGAACAGAUUAAACAGGCAGGGAGAAAAGAAAAGGGAACAGAUAAAGGAACAUAAAGCAAGAGAGUUAACAGACAGGCAAUCACAAAAAGAGACAAAGAAACAUGUGGAAAGAAAGAGGGAGUCAAACAGUCAGGCGGAGAGAGACAAAAAUACUCAGAUCGCACAAGAAUUAAACAAAAUGUCCGGAUCAGAUAAAAAUGAUGAAAAUUUAAAGGAUUCUAAACCCACGAUAAAUGUAAGUCAAUUUUUUCAUUUUUAA